AUAGUAGAGAUUCUUAAGGUUUAGUUUUUGUUUCUCACUGUGAUGGAUACAGUAUCUUCCGAUUGGCUGGGACCAUCAACCAAUCAGAUCUCCAUAUUCGUAUCCCAAUAAACAAUACACUCAUAAGGAUCCGCAAACCUAUGCUCUACAUAAAUUUCAUCGCUAGACAGAUAAUUGUAAGCUGCAAAUCCAAUAGUUUCGAUAGUCAACCCAUAAAAACCAGAUUACUCUAUUUCUCUAUAAGAAGGAGUAUCCAUUUCACAGAAUCAAGAAAACAAAACACCCAAUCAAGAAAUCAUGGGAGAAGAGUAUGUUAGAGAUGCAGAAACAGGGGAAACCCAAUUUCGACAAAAGACUCGUUUUAGAUACAAUUCCCCAUUGGUACAAGUUUGUAUGAUUGGUUUAGUUUGUUUUUGUUGUCCUGGUAUGUUCAAUGCAUUAUCAGGAAUGGGAGGUGGUGGUCAAGUUGAUCAUACAGCAGUAAAUAAUGCAAAUACAGCCUUGUAUACGACCUUUGCAGUUUUUGGUAUUCUUGGUGGUGGAAUUUACAAUAUUCUUGGACCAAGAUAUACUCUUUUUGCUGGUUGUUCUACUUAUGUUUUAUACGCAGGUGCAUUUCUUUACUAUAAUCAUUACAAACACCAAGCUUUUGCUAUUGUUGCUGGUGCUAUUUUGGGUUUUGGUGCUGGCCUUCUUUGGGCUGGUCAAGGUGCUAUUAUGACUUCAUAUCCUCCUCAACAUAGGAAAGGAACUUAUAUUGCAAUCUUUUGGAGUAUUUUCAACAUGGGUGGUGUUAUUGGUGGGUUAAUUCCAUUUGUAAUGAAUUACGACAGGACGGAGGCUGUUUCAGUUAAUGAUGGAACUUAUAUUGGUUUCAUGUUCUUUAUGGCAAUUGGUACUGUUCUCACCUUGGGAAUUUUACCACCUAGUCGUGUUGUUCGUGACGAUGGUAGUCGUUGUACUAACAUCAAGUAUUCCAAAGUUACGACUGAACUGAUUGAGAUUUUGAAAUUGUUCUUGAAUUGGAAAAUGCUCCUUCUGGUUCCAGCUUCCUUGGCUAGUAACUUGUUUUACAGUUAUCAGUUCAACAAUGUAAACGGUCUUUUGUUUAAUUUGAGAACUAGUGGGUUGAAUAACAUGUUCUACUGGGGAGCACAAAUGUUGGGAUCAGUUGGAAUCGGCCACAUAUUUGAUUAUAGUUUCGAGAGCCGAAGGAAGAGGGGUUUCAUCGGAAUUGGUGUUGUUGCUUUGCUUAAUACAGGCAUUUGGGCAGGAGGACUUGCCAACCAAUUGACAUACUCAGCUGAAGAUUUACCAGAAAAGUUAGAUUUCAAGAUUUCGGGAAGUAGGUUCGCAGGACCUUUUGUGUUGUAUUUCAGUUACGGAUUGCUGGAUGCAAUGUUUCAGUCAAUGAUUUAUUGGGUAAUUGGUGCUUUGGCAGACGAUUCUGAAACCCUUAGUAGGUAUGCUGGGUUCUAUAAAGGAAUUCAGAGUGCUGGAGGUGCAGCUGCAUGGCAAAUUGAUGCACACAAAGUCUCCUUGAUAGGACAGUUGAUUAUAAAUUGGUCUCUCACCACCAUAAGCUAUCCAUUGUUGGUGCUACUAGUUAUGUUGGCUGUGAAGGACAAAAACGAAGAUGAGGAUGGAGCAACAAAAGGUUCUGCUGUGACGUCUUCAUCCCUUUCUAACGGAAAUGAGGGCAAUGGAAAAUGAGAAACUAAAGCAUGUAAAACUACAACGUUAAGUUUCAUUUGCUUGACCUUGCAUAUACACAGUGAAUAUAAAAUGUUUGUAGUGCUGUUGUUCACUGUAACCAUCAAACGAAAGAAAAGAAUGGAUGACUGUUAGUUGUUUCUAGGAAUUUAGCUUUCAAGUAUCUAGUUGUCGAAAAGCUGAUUCAAGCUCUUGAAGUGCAAGAAGAAUUUGUUUCAUUUGUCUGUAGAGAUAUACUGAUGUUGCUUGAGCUCACUGUCAAACAGUCCAAUUAUAAGGCAACCCGAGAAGUUUCUCUCUUUUUAGCUCUGGUCAUCACUUUUGUGUAAUGCAAAUAACUGAAUAAGACUAUGCUCUCCCCUGAAGAUUUUC